AUGAAACUGCCGUCCGUCAUCGAGAGGCUCCAGCACCUCGGGGAACACGCCGUGCACACCGCGGCCGCGUCGCCGCACGACCAUGCUGCGACGCGCAGCGGGGCGAUCAUGCAGCCCGCCGUGACGCAGGGCCUCGCCGCGGUCUUCCUGCUGCUCGUGUUCGUCGUGCCGACCACGUACGUCGUCGGCGUGCUCAGGCACGGCGUCGUCCCGCUCAAGAAGACCACCCCGAUUGGAGCGCGCGCGCGACACAUGGUGCUCUCCGCCGCGUCCGUGCUGUCCUGGAUCGGUGCGGUGGCGAUCGAGAUGCCGUUCGCGCCGGCGCUGACGCCAAUGCACCGCCUGUUCGUCCCGGACGGCGGCCCGGUGACGGGCGCGUCCCCAGUGGGGGCCGCCGUGGUGGCGUGCCUCAUCUCCGAGGUGCUCAUGGUGUCGUCCUUCCUAGUCUGCCACUCGAGGGACGGAACGCGCCCCGCGCGCAGCGGAGCCAAGGCCCUGCGCGGCCCCGCGGGCCACGAGAGGGCCUCGGACGCGGUGCUCGCUCUCGGCACGGUGCUCGCCGUCGCGUCAGGCCUCCUGGUGAUCGUCGCCGAGGUCGAGCUCGGCGACGCCAGCGCCUCCCUGCAGGUGCUCUACUUCUCCCUCUCCGCGGCCGCGCUCCUCGUGUCGUUCGCGGCCACCCACGGGCUAGGAGGUUGGCUCCGGUUCCAGGCCCCACGCGCCAGGCAGCGCUGGAGAUUCUUCCAGCCGUUCCGCGGCAGCUACUUCUUCGUGGCCACGCAGGCCGCCGGAUGGGGCCUCUUCUCGCUGGCCACCGUCGGCGUGGUCGCCGCGGCGCGGCUCGCGCUCGCCCGCACGUCCACCUACCUCCGCGGCCUCAGCGCGGGCGUCGCCGUCACGAUGGUCGCCGGCCAGGUCCUCCUCGCGGUGUCGGUGCGCUACUUCCAGGUCCCGCGCCACCAGCGCUCGCUGUCGCGCGUGUUCUCGGCCGCGGCGCUGGCGGACGCGGGCGUGGCCGAGGACGGCGAGGCUGCGCCCGCGCGCGGGUUCGCGGCGCGCCUGCGCACGUGGACGGUCGUGGGCAUCAUGUAUGCCGCGCCGCACUCGUUCGUGGCGCUGGUGGUGCUGACGUUCGCGUUCCUGUCCCCGAAGAUCGCGCUCGCGCUGCACGUGGCGUGGAUCAUGCCGUACCUCGCCAUCGUCGGCCCGCGCAGCCACGCGACGGGCGUGCGGCGGUGGCCAGCGCUGCAAGCGUGGCUGACCGCACACCUGGACAGCGCAGCGAGGGAGGUCUUCGGCGGGUACCGCGUCAUAUUCGGCGACGCUGACGCCGUCCGCGCCCUGUGGGACGCGCCUGACGCCCAGGAUGGGCCUGCGGACGGGUCGAAGGCCCCCAGCUCGCGCCCGGCGGCGCAACGCAAGGUGAUCUUCGGGUACCAUCCGCACGGGCUGUUCCCCGUCGGCGCGGCGGUGCUCCCGCUCCUGCCGGCGUUCCAGGCCGUGGUGGACCGCGUGCGGCCGGUGGUGCUCACCGCGUCGGCUGCGCACUUCCCCCCGCUGGUGCGCGACCUGCUGGCGUGGGUCGGGUGCCGCAAGGUGACGCGGUCGUCGUUCCGGCGCGCGCUGAGCGAGGAGCGCGCCGUCCUGCUCGUGCCCGGCGGGCAGCGCGAGCUCGUGCACACGCACCGCAUGCACCCGCCCGAGGGCGCCGCGGGCGAGUGCGUGCUCGUCACGCGGCACACGGGCUUCCUCAAGAUGGCCGUGCUCGAGCAGGCGCACGUGGUCCCCGUCGUGGUGUUCGGAGAGGCGCAGUCGCUCCGCAACAUCAUCAACAUACCUUCGAUGCAACAUUACACAUACAGGAAGUUCGGGUUCCCGAUCCCGUUCCUGAUCGGCGGGCGCUGGAAGCUCUCGCCGCUCCCGCAGUGGGGCCGCGUGACGUUCGUCGUCGGGAGCCCGAUGGCGCCCCCGGCCUUCGACUGCCACGUGUGCUCGCCGCGCAGCGCGGGGUCGCGGGACGGCGGGAGCUCGAGCGAGGGCGAGAGCGAGGGGUCGUCGGGGAGCACGGACUCGGCGUGCGCGUGCGCGGAGGAGGAGCGCGACCGCGUGUGGCACUCCCCGGAGCUCAAGGGGGUGGUGGAGCAGUGGGGGCGGAAGUACUUCGCCGAGUGCAAGGCGCUGAUGGAGCGGUUCAAGGCCGAGGCGGGGUACCCAGACCUACGCGUGCUGCUGCUGGGGCAGGACGUGUCCGAGGAGGACCUCCUGAAGUCGUAUGCGGCGCUGCCGCAGAUCAAGGGGAUACGGCUGUCGCUCACGGGGGUGGAGCAGGAGGUGGGGACGGCGCGGAAGAAAGACGAGUGA